AUGCCUAAAAACUCGUACAAACUAGUCAACGAGUUGAGUAGAAGUCAACGAUUCCGUAGGUUUCGCAAAUAUAAUGAAAAUAAUUCCAACAUUAUAUCAUGCAUUACUAGUAGUAGUAACAGUGACAUAACCUUUAGUAAUUUGACUAAUACUAGUCAGGAGACUAGUAAAUCUAUUCCAAUAACUUCAAAUUCAAUAAACCAGUGCAACAAAUAUAAUCUUAACAAUUUAAAUGAGGAUUUAGACUUGUCUGAUAAUUUUGAAUUUGAUACUUCUUAUAGUAGUUCUGGAGAUGAAUUAAAUGAUGAUGAAUGCAUUCAUAAUUAUGACAAUCAAAAUAAACUUUGUUAUGAAUUGCAAAAAUGGGUAUUAAAUAAAUGUAUUCCUGCAAAUGCAGUAACAUCUCUUUUAAAAAUUCUUUGUUCUUGUAAUCCCUCUGAUGUACUUACGCUUCCGAAAGACGUAAGAACUUUAAUGAGUACUCCAAGACUAGCUUUAGUCACAAAAAAAGUAGGAGAUUAUGGGGAGUAUACCCAUUUUGGCUUGGAAUCUGGGUUACGUAAUAAAUGGUUGAAGUACAGUAAAACUAUUUUAAAAAAUGUACAUGAUUUUCAAGUGUAUAUUAAUUUUGAUGGUUUACCAAUACACAAGAGCUCUAGUGGUUCCUUGUGGCCCAUUUCAUGUGCAAUUAUUGAAGUUAAAGAUGACCCGUUUGUGAUAGGGUCGUAUUAUGGAACAAAAGAGCCAAAAGAUAUUGAAGCUUAUCUAGAGGAUUAUAUCAAUGAAGCCGACUCAUUUAACCAAGAACGGUUUAUUUUUAAAUGA